UUGCAAAGGUCACUUCUUUCCAACACAUAUAAUCUUCUCCUAAGCUAAGAAGAAAAAUCCUAUCUUUAUUUCCACUUGCUUUCUCCUAUAGUUUUGGCUAAUUUGGGAAAGUUUUCUUCCUCAUUUUCUUGCAAUUUUCAGAAGGGUUAAUCUUAUGGAGUGGUUUUCUCGCGUUGAUGAUGGUGAUGUUGUUGUUCCUAAAAGCUUUGAUGGUUUUUCACCAUCUUCUGAUAGCUGGUCACAGUGGGAUUCAACACCCUUUGGCAAUUUCAAGUCAGAAAUGAAAAGGAACAAUAUAAGGUCAUACGUUGGAGCUGAAGAUUGUAAAGUGAUCGGGAAUGGCGUAUCUAGUGAUGUUGACAUGAAAAACUUUGGAAUUCAUGAGGAGCCUUUUGAUAAUGCAGCUAACCAAGCUUCAUACUGUGAUAUGGAUCAAUGGUCCUCAUAUCCACCUGAGCAGCUGGAAUUUCAUCUUGAUAACUUUACCUCAAUCGAUCAGUUGGAUGAUGUGUUCCUAAGUUCCUUACUCAACGAAGACUGUCCAACUGGAAUGGAUGCAUCUGAUGAGUCAUCAACAGAUUCCCGUUGCAGCAUGCUGCUGGAUGAUGAUCAAGUAAGAGAUAUGACGAGCAACGCUUGUGCUGGUACUGCCAAAUAUUUCUCUGCACAUGCUUUUACUUCACCAGUGGAUUGGGAGGGGCAAGAAGUUAACAAUUCUUAUUUGCUGAAAAAGGCACCACAAGCAGAGGUUGCCGUAAAAUUGGAGCAUGAUAAAGGAGAUAAUAAAGUGAGUGACGAGGAAAUAUCCAUGGAGGAAUCCGUCCUACAGCACCUAGAAAAUCUCACAUCUCAGCUGACAGAGGAAACCAGAAUCUGCUUCCGGGAUUCUCUAUAUCGUCUUGCAGGAAAUUCAAAACAUGAUGCAUGUCAAAGUAGGAAUGCUAUGCCAGAUCAAGAUUCUACGUGGUUCAACGAGGAAGAGACUACAGAAUCGCGGACGAAUGUUAUUGACAGAACUGUCGCCAACUUUUUGUUCAGCAACGUUGAGUUUGGUGCCUCUGAAGGCUCAUCAUUGGACUUUACAGAAGCCACCAACAUAAGACAGCAUUCAGGAGGCGGUAUGUUAUGGAAUAUCUCAGCAGGUUCCUCUGGUUGUGAUGCCCCUACUUUUAGCGGAUAAACAAUGCACUCUUCACUCUGCUGGGCACUACUACUUUGCAUCCUAGUUCUUACAUUUCGUUCAAGAUAUUAUAGCAUGGUCGUCUUGCAUUAUCUAGCCUGACCUUAUCCAGCUAUGUUUUGACGAAAGCUUGUAUAGUAGGCGUGAUUAGAGGCUAACCAUGUUUACUUCCGUGUCUGCCAGCUGAUCAAUAGCUCCUUUCAUAUGAUAGUCGCCUUCCGAGCUCCAAGAGGUCAAGAAGACUGUUUUGUGUAGGUAGGUAAAAAGGGGCGACUGUUGAAUCCUGGCAUUUCUUUAGACUUCCACGAGUAAUGUAAGCAGCGUUCGAAACGCUGCAAGGAGCCCUGUUUUUUUCUUUUAGGCUCCAGACAUGUUAGUCAGAGAAAAAAACUUUAUUUUUAGAAUUUUGUAAGCAGCUAAUAUUUUUCAAUUUGGGUAGCUUUACCAACAGUUGUUUAUAUCUUUUGCUACUUAAGAGCUUUAUAUGAGCAAACAAUAUGAGACCAAUGCAAGGUUUGUUGCGAGUAUUA